AUGCGGGACUUCAUUCUUGAAAGCAACCCUGCGACAUUUGAAGACGUGGUGAAGGUCUACGUUCAACUUCCACAGCUACUGGGAGAAAAAGGAGAGAAUGCUGUUCCACUGAAGGUCUGGCUGAUGCCACUGAAGAAUUUGGACACUAAAGUUGCCGAGCUCUCAAGAGAGAUGACUGAUGGACUCGUGAGGAAGGUGGCGGAUGCUCUAGAAAAUUUAAGGGAAAUAGAAAUGACGUGCAACGAUUCCCUGGAAGACAGAGUGGUGCAGCAUUUUCCACAGAUUCAAGAACAGUUUGGCAGUUUCCAAAAAUUGUGUAAUUAUUAUUCAGCUAAUCUCCAGAAGACCAUGGCGAAGAAACUUCCUUCCAUCCUUGAUGGUGAAGAAGAUGAGAGCUCAGUAGAAGAACUCUUUGAAGACCGAGACAAGUCACCAUUCAGUCGUGAAAAACUGAGCGAGUGGCUGGAUCAUAAAGAGAGAAAAAUCAACGUCAUCAGAUCCUGUGUAGAUACCAUGGAGGGAGUAAAGAUUGUCCGAAAUCAGUCAGAGCUGGACGAAGAGGUUCUUGCUGUAGGCGUAGCGAAUGCUCUGUGCUUUGUUUUCACCUCCCUGAAGAGUGCCGACCCCUGCCUUGAUGAGAUGGCCAACUACUUGGACUCAGGUAGCAAAUCAGACAGUACCAAAGAAGAGCCAUGGUACUUCUCAGACAAGGUCUUCGCCAAAAUGAGAAGAAAAGCCACAUGGUUUAGUUUUUCUGCAGCAGCACAGAAGAACAACAACACAUUGCAUUAUUUUGUGGGAAGCAUUGCAAAUGAGAACUACACAGGAGCAACCAUCUAUCAUUACCAAAAGGGCGUUCUUCAAACGGACGAUUUUUCAAAGCCUGAACCCCCUGAUGUGGAGACCAUCACUGACAGAGAAGAUUUGAUCAGGUAUGCCACUGAUCUCACCCUGGACCCAAACACUGCAAACGGCUACCUCACUCUGUCUGAGGGAGACAAGAAGGCAACAAAUGGAGAACUGCAGUCAUACCCUGCUCACCCAGAGAGGUUCGAUACACAUCCUCAGGUGUUGUGCAAAGAGAGCUUAACUGGCCGCCAUUACUGGGAGGUAGAGUGGAGUACUAUUCAUAAAGACUCCAUUAUUGUUGGUGUUGCAUACAAGAAAAUUGAAAGAGGAUCAGGCAAAUCAGAGAGUGAGCUUGGACAAAAUACUGUGUCAUGGGCUUUUGGCCAACAUUCAUCAUUUACAAAACACGUUCUUAGGGUGUAUCAUAAUGGUUUAGUGUGGGAAAGUCCUCUGCCCUCUGAUGGCUUUGACAAAGUCGGGGUGUAUCUCGACUGGCAUACUGGCACUCUGUCCUUCUACAGUGUCUUUGGCAACACUGUGAGUCACCUCUACACCUUUCAAACCACAUUCACUGAGCCUCUUUACCCAGGCCUCGGCGUAAAGAGGAAAUCCAGUCAUGCGUACCUGUGUCCAGUUGAGUAA